AUGGCCGACGAUGAUGGCCCACGAAAUCGCAAAGAACGACGGGCAGCCGCCAAACAGUCCGGCAAGGCAGUUGAACCUCCUUCAUCAACCCCCAAGAUCAAGAUGGCUCAACCCGACCGCAGUGGCCCCAAAUCCAAAACAUUUAUGGACCUGUACGAAGAGAAGAAGGAUCUCCUCGACCAAGGCCAACCGUUCGCUUCAAAGUACGAAGACGGCCGUGUCCGCGACGAAGGUGGCAACAUCCUCGAAGCAGGUCUGGGCGACGAUGAAGAAAUUGGACCAGUUGGGAUGGCAGUCUUUUGGGCCUUGACUUUGGGAAUGGUGCAUUUCACGCUCGAUGUGUUGGUCUACAGUCAGUACCGACAAGAGAUCGAGUGGUGGGAGAUUGUCAAGCGAACGGCUUUCAUGAUGCCGAUUCUAUUCCUCAUGAUCUUGACGAUGAAGUCUGCGAUGGCAAGUCGGUUUAGAGUCGCACGGCAGAUAUUCUUCUUGGGUGUGGCCAUUGCGGCGGGCUGUUACACGAUCCACGCGGCAAAUGCCAAAGGCUACUAUGCUGUCAUGAAGCGUUGCCCGCCGCUUGGGACACUGUGGGUCUGGAGUGUGAUUGAGAUGGACUUGCCGUAUGCGUCUGUGAGUGUGAUGGUCGACAUUUGGUAUCUGUGGUGGAAAGGAUAUUCAGCAUUCUUGACACAAUGGACCACCACAUAA